AUGGGAGAUCUAGAAUUUGUUAAGGUUCACAACUCAGCUAUUUUGCUUGAAUAUCAUCCUGCAGCUCACAAUGAUCUAAAGUUCAUUGUUGACAGUCUGAAGAAAUGUUGUUUGGUCAACACAUUGACAAGCAGCCCUGUAAUUUAUCAGAACCUGAUCAAAUAUUUCUGGAGAAGUGCAGUCGUGAAGAAGGAUAUCAAAGGUGAAAAAUCAGAAUACUCUAUGGAAAUUAAUGUGCAUCAAACUCAGGAUGUUCUAGAACAUAUGGGUUAUGAGGGAACAUUUCCUCAUACCAUCAAGAAACUGCUUCCUCACUACUGGAAAUAUCUAGCUCAUGUGUUUGUGAGCUGUAUUUUUUGUAGGAGAUCCGGUGCGAACGAAAUCUCUUUGGCCAACACAAGAGCCAUCAUAGCUUUAGCCUCGGGAAUUGAGUUUAACUUUUCAAAGUUUAUACUACAUGAACAGGUUCUGAAUCUUGAAGGGAACAAGAGAGAUAAGGUUUUGAUGUACCCAAGAUUUCUUCAGAUCAUCUUCAACGCCUUGCAUCCUGAACUGCAGAGAGAGAACGAGACUUUGUCAGUUGGUCCAAGUACAUUCGGGUUAAUGAAGCAUAAAAGAGGAGGAAAAUUUGUUUCUGAAGGAAAAUUCCCCUUAAUCAAAUUUGGAAUUUUUGAAGAAAGUGAUCAAUCAGACUCAGAAGAUCAAUCCAUUCCUACAGAGACUGAAGACAUUGUGUUUUCAAGCUCUGAACCAGAAAUUGAGGAGGUUCGUGAUUCUCCUAUUACCGCGGUGGCUGAGGAACAUGAUCAUCUACUUCAUAAGGAAGAUGAAACACAAUCUGUUCACGAGGAAGACGAUGAAGAUCUCUAUGGAGAUGUAGAAUUUUUGAAAGAGAUAGACUUCACAGGGAUCAGUGAUGAUAUCCCUACAAAUACUGAGCUUGAUCUUGAUGAUGAAGAAUUUGGUCCUCUUCCAGGAUUUGCCAGCGGCUGUUUUAAUAAAGUCAAUGAAGUUGCUUCUUCGGCAACCAAGACUGGGGAAGGAGAUAAUGCUCUCAAAAAUUUUCUCUCCACAUCCAAGCCCAUGGAGGUUCCUUCAAGACAAGGAGAUGUGAACUUAGAGAUUCCUCCCUCUGUUUCAACUAUCUCAACUUCUGCUCCACUUAAUUCUGAAUCAUCUCAGCUCCAAACCUCCCAGUCCUCCUUCGAAAGAAGUCAAUCAAAUACGAGUCUGGAGGUACCCAUUGUGAGCAGUGCACAUCAAGUAUUCUCUACUGUCACCACCACUACGAUUUUCACUCCACCAAUACAAACUGAUGAAGGCCCUAGCACAAUGUUUGAGACAUGCAGCUCAUCCUCUAUCCCAUAA